AUGGGUAGCAACAGAUCAUCUCUGCUGGUACUGCUGGCUGUGGCAUUAGCCGCUGCUCAGUUUCUGGGGUCGGAAGCCGGAGGCAUUUCCAUCUACUGGGGCCAAAAUGGUGGUGAGGGCACACUUGCGGAGACCUGCGCCACCGGUAACUACAAGUUCGUCAACAUCGCCUUCCUUUCUGCCUUCGGCAAUGGACAACCGCCAGUCCUCAACCUGGCAGGCCACUGUGACCCGACCAACAACGGUUGCGCCAACCAGAGUUCUGACAUCAAGUCGUGCCAGAGCCGAGGUGUCAAGGUCAUGUUAUCUAUCGGAGGUGGAGCAGGCGGCUACUACCUUUCCUCAUCCGAAGACGCCAAGAAUGUCGCGACGUACCUGUGGAACAACUUCUUGGGAGGUAAGUCAUCUUCGCGACCUCUCGGUGACGCGGUCCUUGAUGGCAUCGACUUCGACAUUGAGGGGGGCACACCAUUGCACUGGGAUGAUCUUGCGAGGUACCUAAAAGGGUAUAGCAACUCCGGCAGGAGAGUGUACCUAACUGCGGCACCACAAUGCCCUUUCCCUGAUGCAUGGGUAGGCGGCGCUCUCAACACCGGCCUCUUUGACUACGUGUGGGUGCAGUUCUACAACAACGCUCCAUGCCAGUAUACUUCAGGUAGCACUUCCAAUCUUGCGGACUCAUGGAAGCAGUGGUUGACAGUUCCAGCAAAGCAAAUCUUCCUCGGCCUCCCGGCCUCUCCUCAGGCAGCCGGUAGCGGGUUCAUCCCAUCUGAUGAUCUGAAGUCAGAUGUUCUCCCACUUAUCAAGAGUGCCGGGAAGUAUGGAGGGAUCAUGUUGUGGUCUAAGUACUAUGAUGAUCAGGAUGGCUACAGUUCUUCAGUGAAGAGUGAUGUUUGA